AUGUUACAAACUGCAGCAGAAGAGGUAAAAAUUACUCUGCACAAAAUUGAAUGGAUGAUACCUCAUAUUAAAGUAGCUGAUCAGCAUAAUAUUCAACUUCUCAACUACAUUGCUAGUGAUCCAUCAAUAUCGAUGAGCUAUCGAACCUGGGAGUUAUACGAAUAUCCACUCCUGCCAGCUACAACAAAACAGAUUUGGGCAGUUAAAACAUCGAAUCAGCUGGAGAAACCUCGCUAUAUUAUUCUGGGUUUCCAAACUGCACGAAGAAAUGCACUGGAUAAAAAUGCUUGUGAAUUUGACCAUUGUAAUAUUCGUGAUGUAAAAUUAUAUUUAAAUUCCCAAUGUUAUCCUUAUAGAAAUUUAAAUAUUGAUAUUGCACACAAUCAAUAUGCACUGUUGUAUGAAAUGUACACUAAUUUUCAAAAGUCAUAUUAUAAUAGAGACUCACAACCUCUAUUAUCGAAAAAAGAUUUUUUCUCUAAAGCACCGUUGAUUGUUAUUGACUGUUCAAUGCAAAAUGAAUUUCUCAAAUCUAGACCAGUAGAUGUACGUCUGGAGUUUGAAUCUUCAGCAGCAUUUUCAGCUCACACUGCAGCUUAUUGUUUGAUUUUACACGAUCGAAUUGUUAAUUAUAACCCGAUUAGUGGAAGUGUACGAAAAUUAGUAUAA